GAAGCAUUAAGUUACUCGCUGUUCAUAUAAUGAAAUAUGCCCGAGACAUAAGGCUUUAUUAUUAUCAUUAUUUCUUAAAUCUCUCUCGGAUGUAGGAUUUCACUGACUUUUUUCUUUUCUGAAAAGUACAACUCAAGAUCGGGAGCAGGUAAAUGGGAAAUAUGGCAGUUAGGAGCGUCCUUUGAAGUCUUUUCCCUUUUCGUCGCUGGAUUGAUCGUGUAAUUGAGAGUGUGUUGUUUGAAAAGCCUCAUGUUUUCACCGGGUCAAGAGGAGCACUGUGCGCCCACUAAAGAGCCAGUAAAGUACGGCGAACUGGUGGUUUUGGGGUACAAUGGUUCACUCCCCAAUGGAGACAGAGGGCGAAGGAAAAGCCGGUUUGCCCUUUAUAAGAGAGCCAAAGCCAACGGUGUCAAACCCAGCACUGUACACAUCCUUAACACGCCACAAGCCACGAAGGCGGUGAACUGUAAGGGCCAGCACAGCAUCUCCUACACGCUGUCCAGAAACCAGACGGUGGUGGUGGAGUACAGCCAUGACAAAGACACAGACAUGUUCCAGAUUGGACGAUCAACGGAGGGCCCUAUUGACUUCGUGGUGACUGACACCGUGUCAGGCGGAGGGGAGAGUGAAGACACACCCAUCACUCAAAGCACCAUCUCCCGCUUUGCUUGCCGGGUGGUGUGUGAACGUAACCCGCCCUACACAGCAUGUAUCUACGCUGCAGGCUUCGAUUCUUCAAAGAAUAUAUUUCUCGGAGAGAAAGCAGCCAAAUGGAAGAAUCCAGAUGGUCACAUGGACGGGCUGACAACCAAUGGUGUGCUAGUCAUGCACCCGCGGGGCGGGUUCACAGAGGAGUCCAAGCCUGGUGUGUGGAGGGAGAUAUCAGUGUGUGGAGAUGUUUACACACUGAGAGAAACACGGUCCGCUCAAACUCGAGGCAAACUGGUGGAGAGUGAGAGUAACGUACUCCAGGAUGGCUCUCUGGUUGACCUGUGCGGAGCCACGUUACUCUGGCGCACAGCCGAUGGCCUUUUCCACACCCCCACUCAGAAGCACCUAGAGGCUUUGCGCCAGGAGCUCAACGCAGCCCGGCCUCAGUGCCCUGUGGGACUCAACACCCUGGCCUUUCCCAGCAUGCAACGCUGCAGCCGUGCCCUGACCAGUGUCCCCACCCAGGAGGAGAAGCAGCCCUGGGUCUAUCUUGCUUGUGGCCACGUUCACGGCUACCACGACUGGGGCCACCGUUCUGAACGAGACGCCAAUGCUCAAAGAGAGUGUCCCAUGUGCAGAACCGUGGGCCCCUACGUGCCACUCUGGCUCGGAUGCGAACCAGCCUUUUACGUAGAUACUGGCGCACCAACGCACGCCUUUGUACCUUGCGGCCACGUGUGCUCUGAAAAGUCAGCCCGCUAUUGGGCGGAGAUUCCUUUACCACACGGCACCCACGCUUUCCAUGCCGCCUGCCCCUUCUGCUCUACCCAACUCAAUCUGGCGCAAAAGUGGGCAAAGCUCAUCUUUCAGGAGCCUGUAGACUGAGAGUGUAGAGGAGGCGGACAGUGGAUUAUUGCGUAAUUGAAGCGGAAUCCAGUAUGCUGAAGGACAAUUCGUAGAAGGUGUGACCGCAAGCUGUGAAACUGCCCUUGAAAUGCUUAUGCUGGAGAGCAGGUUCUUGCUCACGAACGUGGUGAUAGUUGGUAAAUGACAGGUGUUCAUCAUGAUUUCCUUAGUUAUUUCGUCUACCGGCCUACAAGAUGUCAAUUCACACCAGCAUUACCACAUCACUCAGGAGAUUUAAUUCAUUUCUAUACCUGGCUUUAGACCCGAGGUGCUUUGUUUGGUUCUUUCUUGGUGAUCAACCUUCCUGUGGAGUUUUGUUGCUUUAAUUAUCCUUCCGGUGCAUUCCAAAGAACUUUACUGAACUUUAGAUUUGGAACUAUACUGUGCAGGAUGGUCGGAGCCCCAGGACCAGGACUGAACAUCCAUUAUUUUAAGUAGUUCAAUGUGUGGGAACUCCCAAAGGUCAGGAUCCCAUAUCCCAAACUCCACUGUAGGCUUCUACAAGGAUCCACUUGUUGGAGCAGUGAUUUGGGAACUGCAAUACUAAAAUGGUUGUUUCCAAAGAUGAAAAAAAUGGUGAUUCUGUUUCUGCUUUACAUGAAGUGCUACCAACAUAACACUCCUAAAGGAAUACUAAUCAGCCACAGUGGAAGCUUUUGGAUCGUGCAUUAUGGAAUUAAAGUGAUUUGUCAUUUUAGCCUAGUCCUCUGUUCACCAAUGAUCUCAAGUAUUUGGAAACCAACACAUUUAGUUUUUCUUUUUGUCUCAAAGGUUAAGGAUUUUAAGCUUUGACGUAAAGGUAUUUUUAUUCAUACCGGGGUAACUGGUAACAAGAUUAACAAAGGAUGUUGCCAAAUAUUUCUAGAACUGGCUAUAGAGUUAGUAACUUAAAUAAUUCCUGGAGUUAUUUUUUCCACUUCUUAAACUGUGUCCCAGAUAUUUUAGUACUGCAUAUUGCUUGCCACUUGUUCAUUUUUCCACAUGUUGAUAUUGGUAUACAAUCAAAGUAGAUGUGAAAAUAGUUGACUAUUCUGCAGUCGGCAUCUAGACUUCUCCUAAAUGUGGAAAAUGAGAUUGAAAACAAUGAUGGUGGAGGUUUAUGGCGUAAAGGAGCUAUGAAGUAGUGAUCGCUUUGGUCAAAAUUCUUCCUGUUUCAACUGUUUUAUAAGCUUAUGAGAUUAAAAUGACUUUUAUUCCACUAUUUUCCUAAAAAUUAUACAGAGAUGGUUUCUUAUGCCUAAAGACAUUUUUACGGGGAUGUGAAGAAGAUAUUUUAGGCAUACUGAAGGGGUAUUUUUUUUAAACGCUUGCAUUUACAGAGGCUUUUUACUCACUGAAAAGUAUUUUACUACACAAUAGCCCAUGUACAGUUUGUUUUAAAACAGAUACUAAUAUAUUUAUUCAAAUAUGUACUUUACUGUGUGGUAGGUGUCUGUAUGAAUGUAUCAGGCUGAACAGCAACAUCUGGUCACCACUCAUUUAUAAGUGCAUGCUGCGUCUGGAUACUUAACCUGUGAACACUCAGUAGUCAUAUUUCUUUAACUGAUGCUCAAGCCUUUGAUUCUUUAUCUGGUUAUGCUUGUGUUUGCAGAAUAACCCAAUGUUCCUCCCGCACUCCAUGUUAAAUUCAGACCUAAUAUGAAAUGUUAAAGGAACACUGUAAAACGAAAUCACGUUGGAUUUUAUUUGUUAAUUAAUGAAAUAUUCUGUUCUCUCCUUAACACCUUGUGUGAUUAUACAGACAUUCAGAGGGAUGUUCCGUAGUGUUUUCUUGAAACAUAACAUAUCAUUGUGAAAUGUUCACACCAAAAGCAAAAUGAACUCUGGAUGGGGAGUAUAUUUACUUAAGCAAAGCUACUGUUCAUUAACAAUGAUGCUGAUGAUGUGAGGCUCUUCCACGUGGUGUUAACUAAAAUAACGCAAAUUUUUUUAUUUUUUUAAAGCACCAAAAAGGAUUUUGUGAAAAAGCUACUUUGUAUUUUGUCAUGUUGAAUUCCAGGGAGCACAAUUCAUGUGUAAACUAUUGUAUAUUUCAGUUGUGCAAAAUUAGGCACAAUAAACAUUACACUACAGAGCGUUAGUGUUUUAAUUGCAGCUUUGCAACACCAAGACAACAGUGUCAAAAGAAUAAGCUUUUCACAACAAGUAGAUAGUUUAACACUUGAACCUUAUGAAAGAUCAACCUCCACAAGAAACAACAUUGACGUAAUGCUAUACAUACACUCA